UGUACUUUGACUGCGAAGGUUGUGUGAUCGCGUGCUGGGACACAGCCUGCACUCGCCCGCUCCGAUCUUCAGGAUGGCAAGCGCUGGUGUGGCAGCUCAUGGCCCUUGGGGUCAUUGUGGUGAACAUCGCUGAUACUUGGCUGGUCAUUGGGAUAUUCGACCUCCCCCCUGACGUCAAGCGGCUGCUCAAUGUCGGCACGGUUGUCGGCUGGUUCUACCUCACGUCUAGAGCGGUCAUGGCCACCACCUUCGCGGACAUGGUGGUCCGGCGUCUUUUCGGACUGGAUGUUGAUCCGGCUCAGGAGCCCAUCUGCAAGCUUAUCUUCGUGUUCAUAGCCGAGUUCGUGUGCAUCUGGUGCCAAUGGUUGCUGUGUCCGACUCUGGUUAUCCUCGUCGUCAUCUGGUCCAUCUUCUGGCACGGCUGGUUGUAGGAACAUGCUGCAGCCCAACUCCCAGACUACGAGCUCAUGAACGCAACAGCAUCUCUCAGGGGCGUCCUCUGGACCCUCAACAAGACUGAGGCUGUGUUCAGGAACGUGACCUCGGCCACGUUUAAUGAUGGGAGAAAUGCAACGGCUGCAGUGCAAAACGGGACGGUGGAGAUUGGGAACGUCACAUUGGUCAUUCAGAAUGUGACGUGGUUCCUAGCGAACCGCACGCAGGACUGACUGUCCCGCUUGCUCUCUCUCUCUCUCUGUCUCUCUCUGUGAGUGUGUGUCUGGGUGGGUGUGUGGGUGUCCGUCUCUGUGACUGUGGGCGUGCCUUUCUAUGUGUUUGUCUGCCUUUGCUGUAGGUCGUUUUGUUGAUAAUCCGUUAUAUCGCGCGUCUCUGCAGAUAUGGCACAAUGUCAGACGGGGUCAGACGGGUGGUGCCUUUCUCAUGAUUCGUGCGUGCAUGUGAUCUGUAUAUGUUCGAAGGUAGGUAUAGUGUGCGCUGCGAUGCCUUCGUGUGCUCUCAAAUGUGCCCUCAAGGGGAGGGAGGGAGGGAAGUUUGGGAGGUUUCUCUCCGUGUCUGCUUUCAUGCGCUGAGUGUUCAUGCGAGAUAUCAACAGAAGCGAACACUCACAACGGAGGGCAAAAUCCCUUCCGUCGGAUUCUCUCUCUGUCGUCACUCACUUACUCUAGAUGUGACCGAUCACUGUGCGUUCAUUUGUUCAUCAACGUACAUGCACACGGUCAAGCGAUGUACCGACACGCAGACUCAAAAACAC